AUGUACAAGGGAUUGUCAACUGGUGCCAGAUUCUACAGCAGCACUGCCAACUUCUUCACCACCGCCAAGGGUAAGGCCCCAGUGCGUGUUGCCAUCACCGGUGCCUCUGGUCAGAUCGGCUACCAACUGUGCUUCAGAAUUGCCAGUGGUGAGAUGCUCGGUAAGGAUCAGCCGGUCAUCCUCCAGUUGCUCGAGCUGCCCCAGGCCAUGAACGCCUUGAAGGGUGUCUCCAUGGAGCUCGACGAUUGUGCCUUCCCAUUGUUGAAGGGAAUCGUCCAGACUGAGGACCCAAACAAGGCCUUUGCCGGUGCUGACUACGCUCUGCUCGUCGGUGCUCGUCCCCGUUCCAAGGGAAUGGAGCGUGGCCAGUUGCUCGAGGCCAACGCCCAGAUCUUCUCUGUCCAAGGAAAGGCCAUCAACAACAACGCCAACCGUGACAGCAUCCGUGUCUUGGUCGUCGGUAACCCAGCCAACACCAACGCCCUGAUUGCCGCCCGCAACGCCCCAGACGUCGACCCAAAGCGCUUCACCGCCAUGACCCGUCUGGACCACAACCGUGGCCUCGCUCAGCUCGCCGAGAAGUCCGGAUACGGUGUCACCGACAUUGAGAAGUUCUGCAUCUGGGGCAACCACUCUGCCACCCAGUACCCAGACAUCACCAACACCAUCAUCAACAGCAACCCAAUGUCCAAGUACAUCAACGACAACGUCUGGAUCAAGGACAACUUCAUCCCAACCGUCCAGCAGCGUGGUGCCGCCAUCAUUGCCGCCCGUGGCCUCUCGUCCGCCGCCUCUGCCGCCUCUGCCGCCAUCGACCACAUGCGCGACUGGACCCACGGCACCAACGGUCAGUGGACCUCCAUGGCCGUCUUCUCUGACGGUUCCUACGGCGCCGACAAGGGACUCUACUUCUCGUUCCCAGUCAUCUGCAAGGGUGGCAACUACGAGAUUGUCCAGGGUCUCAAGUUGGACACCUUCUCCCAAGAGAGAUUCGACAUCACCCGCAAGGAGUUGAUCUCUGAGCGUGAUGCCAUUGCCAGCCUUCUCCCAUAA